CGAGACGACAUUAUUCAAUCACCAUACAACGAGCGCAGCAACCCCCCUCAUUACCCUGAGAAAUUGAUAGCAAGGCUUCACGCCAGUCACCCCCUCAUACUGCCAGCCAUGGCUGGUCCAAAUUUGGAAGUUUUCAAGUUCGGCAUGUACAUCAUGUUCCCAAUCGGAAUCAUGUUCUACUACGGCCACAACCUCGACAGGCGCUUCCAAGUCCCUGACUUCUGGCCGAAACCCGAACAGACACAUAAGAUUCCCUUCGAGCGCGAUGAGAUCAAGAGCGAGUUAGAUCGACUACGGGCGAAGAGGUUAUAUCUCAGAGAGCAGAGGUUGAAGAGAGAGCAGGCUCUCAACCAGAACCAGGAGUGAUGGAUGUCUGAGUAAGAGUGUGAUGAGGGGAGGGAACUUCGAACCCGGGCGAGGCGGAUGGGAUGGGAAACAUUGUAUAUCACAGGAAGAGAACGGGCUGCAUAACGGAUUUGAUCGUCAGAAUGCAUUGCAUGGGUGUUGGAGUUUAUGGACAAGGAAUCGCCUCACAGAGCUCGCAAAAUGGAGAUUGUAGUAACGGAAUGAUGUAUGAAGUAGGCUGUC